AUGCUGAAUCCUAUCAUUCCCGCUGACGAACUUUUCCAGAUCAUAGCUUCUCCUGAAGUUGAUGAGAUAACGAAACUAGAACAUAUCCAGCGAUUGAAAAGUCGCAUCAAAAAGGGGUUUGUUGAUUUGUCGUUAGUCCCCAAAUAUUUUGACCUGUUGGCUAUUGCGGUUGACAUACCAAGUCCGGAAAUACGAACAAACAGUCUUUCCACGCUAUCUUAUUUGAUCAAGCGGAUCAGCGUGCAAGAUAAGCGCGAGUCAUUGCUUAAACAGCAAAGCACUACCGUGGUUCCAAUAUUGAUUUCUAAAUUGGCUGACCCACUGUCUAAUAUCGUGGUAUUGGCAAGAAAUGCCCUUGAAAAUUACUGGAUGGUAGCCUCUACUGAAGUGGAAGAUUUGAUUUUAAAACAGGCAUUUAUAAAUUUAAAUUCAACCCUUGCAUAUGAAACUGUGAUAUGGAUCAACCAUAUUGCCAAUAGCAUCAAUCCCAAUUUCCGUCUCGGUAAGUUUAUACCCACCCUUGUUAAAAUUUUAGCAACUGGGGACCAAAAUGGCAAAAUUGACCAUCAAAUACGAGGUUUAUUAGAUACAUUUUAUUCCAAAAGUCAUAAUAAAGCCCAGAUUCAAGAUUUAGUACGAGAAUUACAAGCUCAAAAAGUCACCAUACAAAUACAAGGAGAAACCUUUCCCCAUAUCACAAAACCAGAAUCGGUAGCCAAGACUAGAGCAAGGAGCCAGACCCCAGAUAACACGGUACAAGCAAAACCAGAACCGCAUACACUGAACCAACCUGAUUUUUCAAAUUCGUUAAAUCUACUUUUGCAAAAAACAAAUUAUGAACUAGACCAAGCAAUUGAACCCGAAAAUAUUAACGAUCUGGCCACACUUUUAAGAGAAUUCAAUUCAUACUUGCCAUGUUUCCAAGGAAAAGAAACCGAAUCUAAUUGGAAGAUAAGGGAAAAGAAUAUAAUUCAUAUGAGAUCGAUUUUGCGUGGUAAUGCUCGAGAUGACUACAGGCACGAUUUGUUGAUAUGCUUCAAAGACUUAUCAAACGGUAUAAUUAAAGCCAUCAGCUCCCUUCGUACUACUUUGUCGAUGCAUGGAUGUCAACUAUUGAAAGAAUGUGCCAUGCUUUUACAAUCUGACUUCGAUGCCAUUGCAGAACUAGUUUUUCCAACCUUGAUCAAAUUAUGUUCCUCCACGAAAAAUAUAACUUCCAAUAAUGCCAACAUGUGUAUCGCUUCCUUUUAUGCCAACAUCUCAUACUCUCCUAAGGCCUUGCAGAGAAUCGUGACAGUAACAGAAGAACGAAAUUACCAGCCAAGAAGUUAUACAGCAAUCUGGCUACAAGUUAUCCUAUUGAGAUAUGCCGAUAAUUCUACAUUUCGUGAAACUCAUGCAACACAUGUAGUGGAAAUUGUGAAUAAAGUGUUGACUAAACUUCUUCGAGAUGCUAAUCCAAAUGUCAGACUGGUGGCCAAAGAUUGCUUCUGGACAUAUGGUAGAGUGUUCCCCGAUCAAAGUGAGAAAUUAUUGCUGAAGCUUGAUUCAAAUACUACCAAAGCAUUACAGAGAUCGCGGCCUCUGAGCAGAGCUGGUGAAAGAGGGCCUGUUAUUCCGGUUACAAAACCGCAAAGAACCUCAUUACGUGAAAGUAUAAUAGAAAAGAAGAGAGAAAUGAGAUCGAGAAGUUCCCUUUCUGGAAGAAGCACCCCUGACAUAUCGUCAACUCAGCCACUACCUAAACCCUUGAAAUCUGUUCCAACGAGAUUAGGUGCACCAUUAGUGCGUAGUACUACUGAACCAAUUGAGCCAACUAGUAUAAGUUUAAGGGUUGGAAGUUUGAGGCCGGCUAAUCCACCUACUGUUCAUAAAGAUCCGGUGCUGCAAACUCUCAGAGAAUCAACUACUCGUUCACAUAGCUUUGGUUCUAUACCCAAAGUUGAACCACCAAAGCCUGUUUCCAACCCAUUUACAUAUACCAGUGAUCAAGAUCCGCUUGUUAAUUUCUUAUCAUCACAAGAUACUGCUGUUGUAGUAGAAGGGAUCAGUUUGUUAAAGUUUGCUGUAACCCAGGAAGAAUUGCCCAAACAAGUACGAGACUCUUUGAAACGGAUUUCCAUCAAGCAACCAUUCUUGUUGAAACCACUUUUUAUGGCCAAUGAUAAAACAUUCAAAGCCUCAGCCAAGUUAUUUUCACCAUCGGACUUCUUAAGAUUAUGUUCGUUGUUAUUCCCUGAAGUUGAUGCCAAAACUGUUGAUUUGAUUAUUUCAUGCACUGAUGUCGAUACUUUUUAUGACAGUGCAAUAAGUCUAUUAUUGAAUGUUGCUGAUACCUCCCACUUCUAUGAAAGUCAAGACUUAAUAAUGCAACUCGUCAAGCAUAAGACUGAAAUAGCCAGACUGAUUAUGCAGAUUUUACUGAUUUCGUUAGGACGAGCUCCAAUUGCUGAUGUUUAUUUUUCCAAGUUUCUUGCUGCUCUUUUCGAUCUUGUCAUUCUGUUCAAGAUGACCGACAAUUAUCAAUUAUGUUGUCAGUUGGUUCGUCAAUUGUAUGCCACUAAUAAUAUGAAGUUCCUAACUGCUGUCGAACAAGUUGAUCAAAGUACUAGGGAAGAAAUUGAAUAUAUUGUGGGAAUAGACUCAACAUUCAAUUUACAACCAUUGAGCAAAUCCAUUUAUGACUUGACCGAAAUUCCAUUCCAGAAAUCCACACCUAUGGAUUUCUCCCCUGUUAAAGUAUCAACGGAUUUCACCAUGAUUAGACCAGCAAGAAAUGUGUUUGGGAUUGAUUCAGAUAAAAAGAGAAAUUCGAGCAAGCUGCCAGCAAAAGAACCAAUAGAUAAACUGGUUUCGCCUGAUGAGAUUCAAUUUGAACCCACCCGUGAUCCUGUUAGUGUGUCUUCCAGUGCCAACCCCUCAGCUGCCAAUCUAGUGGAGAAUUUUGCCCUGGUGCAGAUCACUGAUGAAAAUUCUAGAAAUAAUAGCGCUAAACUGUCAAUUGAAGCGAUAAUGGAAAAGAUUGAUCCUUUGAAAUCUAUAUCUAAUAAAUCAAAAAAGAUCGCAAUUUAUGAAGACAAUAAAAUUGAAGAAGAUAGAAGCACGGAUGAAGUAUCUUCUCCCCUGUUUGAAGAUUACCACAUUGCCAAAAUUGCUGGUGGUGGUCACAUAUUAAAUGCGUGGAGUAUGGAACAGUUUGAAUCCUGUUGUAAGCAUCUUACGGAAUUACCUAUUGAUUCAGUAAAGGUAAUGAGGUUAAUUGGUAUAUUGGGGUCUCUUCCGGGAUGUGAUCAUGAAGUGAAGGCAUACUUUAAUAAUCAGGGAAAACAUUUAUUGGAAGCAAAUAUUUGGGUCUAUUUUGAACAUUUGCAAAGUCUUCCAUAUUCAGAUGUCAUUAAUGGGUUGGUGUUGCUUAAACAGAAUGUCAAGUAUAAUGAGACCAUUGAUAUGGAUAAACUAUUCAAGGUUAUGGAACUGACAUGCAUGGAUGAAUCUCCAGGUGGUGAAAUUCAUUGCAUUUGGGAUUCAAUUCUUCAAAGUAUAUAUUCUAAGGAAAGAAUAGAGGAAAUCAUGUUGAGUUAUUUGGAAACUCCAGACUUGAAUACUAAUGUGGUUACUGUCUGUUUUGAGUACUUUACAACAGUUGUGGUUGAGAAUCACGAUUUGUCUUCUGUUCAAACACAGAGAUUAGUACAUUUAUUGAGUAACUUCCUUGAGAGCCUGAAUGUGGAUUUACUAAGAUUGGCUACGGUAUGCUAUGGUAAAUUAUUGGUGGGUGUAGACGCUCAAUCGGAAACGAAAACAUCAUUGAAUGAAGUUAAAAUGAAGUUACCAUUUCAUCAACAGAAAUUGAUUGAAUAUUACAUGAAAUAA